ACACAAGCAGGUGAUUUCAUGGAGGAAUUUAUUUGCCCAGUUUGUCUUGAUCUUUUAAAUGUUCCAGUGACACUGGUGUGUGGGCACAAUUUUUGCAAGUCUUGUAUUGACACAGUAUGGGAGAGUGAGAAACAACCUUCCUGUCCUCAGUGCAGAGAGGACUGCAGAGCCAGAAAAUAUGCAGUGAACAGAUUACUAGCAAAUGUGAUUAAAAGGGUGCAAAUACAGUGUCGGACAGAAGAAGGACCAAGCCCGUGUCAGAACGAGCAGCUCUGUUGGGAACAUAAAAAAAGUCUGGAGUUGUUCUGUGACGAGGACAAAUCUUUACUUUGCUCACAGUGUGUUCCAGAGCAUCAUGGCCACACCUUCCUUACAGUGAACGAAGCACUUGACGUGUACAAGAACAAAGUAAUGGCAUUUUUGUGUCGUCAGGAGUCAAGUCUGAAAUACUUUAAAGAAAUACAGUGCCAGCAAGAAAGGAAGAUGUCAGAAGUCACAGCUAUUUCCAGUGGUUUGCAACAGAGCAUAUUAUCAGAAUUUGAAAAGCUUCACCAGUUUCUCCAUGAGAAGGAAAAACAUUUGGUCCAGCAACUGAAGGAGGAAGAAAAAGGGAUUCUGAGACAAAUGGGGGAAAACCUGAAGAAAAUUAAAGAGGAUAUCAAUGCUAUUCAGGAGUCAGUCUCUAAUACUCAGCUACAACAACAGCUGCAGCAACAGGAUACCGUGACUUUUCUAAAGGAAAUCAAGUCAUUCACUGAGAGACUGAAAGCAGACAAGGCAAAGGGUGACAGACAAAGUAUUGUGGACCUCAGUCUGACAACUGGGGUGUACAAAGGUCCCCUGCAAUAUAGUGUAUGGAAGGAAAUGAAAUCUAUCCUUAAUCCUGAUCUCUCUAAUCUUUCAAUAAAAAUUGAAGGAGAUGAGGAUCUCAAUUUGGAAGGACAGGCUAAUCUAACAAACCCAUUCCUGUCUUGGCUUAGGCUGCAUGAUAAAUGUGUCUCCGAGCUUGGAUCAGAGGGAUUCAAGACAGGGAGACACUACUGUGAGGUGGAAGUAGGGAACAUGACUCAGUGGACUGUGGGUGUCACCACUAAUUGCUUCAACUGGAAGAAGAGCUUCGCACCAAGACCUCAGGAUGAAUACUGGACUUUGAGCUUUAUUAAUGGAAAUGAGUACAUGACUAAUGAAUCACUACCAAAGUUUCUCAUUUUGAGUGUGAAACCACAGAAGAUUGGUGUGUAUGUGGACUGCAACGAGGGACAGGUUUCAUUUUAUAAUGCUAAUGAUAUGUCCCACAUCUACACUUUCACUGGUAUCUCCACUGUCAGCACCAACCCAAUUUUUCGCAUUGCUUCCUUUAACUUCUUUCCUUUUCUUGCUUAGGUUGCUAUAAAUAAAGAUCCCUAAAAUUCUUUGAUUUAAAAUUGCAAUUCUAACUUGAAAUAAUUAUGUACUGAUAUUAAGUUUAAAAUGUCUUUAUUUUACUAAGAACAUAUUUGUAAAAUCAACAUAGAGAAUGAAAAUACAAGAACAGUUAUUAUUAUAUUGCAUAUAUUAUUAUAUAUUAUUAUUAUAUAAUAUAUUAUAUAUUACAGUUAUAUUAGCUUAUGAUAGCAUUACAGUGCAUAAAAUGUGUGAAACAAUAACAAAGAUCAUGGUAGUGAAACAUAAAAAUAAUGGGUUGUUGUUUUACAUCCUGGAGAUUUGGGAUGUUUAUAUAUCGCUUAGUAGCUCUUAGUGGUCUUAUUUUAAAGUUAGAUUUUGUAUGUUAAACACGUUAACUUUACAUCAGUAUAACAUCUGGCAGUACAUGGAUGUCAAUGGCUUCAACAGUAUAAUGGCUUCAUUUUCCAGAGCUUUUCUUUUUCCUUGCUAAAUUAUCUUUAAUGCAAAACAUGUAAAAGCAUAACAUGGUUCUAGUUAGUGUUAUUUUGUCUUCUACAUUUGUAAUGCUGAUAACAUGUCCCAUUCCUUGCAGCCCUGGUUUGUUUUUCUGUCAUCAGAUUCUCUCAGUGUAUUAUGCAAUAUUAUAUGAAAUAAUCUAGUAAAUUUGCAAAAAAAUGCACAAUAACUGGAGAAAGCAAUCAUCUUGCCCAUUUUAAAUUCAGCUCUAUCCAACUAGUUGAAUCAGCUGUAGCUGUUAAAAAUAAAAGCUACAAUUUUGCAUCCAUUUUAAUGGCACACAGGGCAAGUAAAUUCCCAACAUGUUUUAAAGUUAGUUCAAACUCACACCCCUUGGCAAAUGUAGUCUCUGCAUAUCCUUGCAUAUACACUACAAAGAAUGUUGACUCCUAAGUCCUUAAAGGGAAAAAAGGGACAUAAGCAUUUACUUACCAUAAUGCAAUGCAGAAGUUUUGGCAUGUGCAUGUCCCAUGCAUGCCUAGUGCAUUAGAAAGUUGCACACAGGCACAGAAGGUGAUGCAAAAGACUCCACAAGGAAGAAGUUUGUACAUACGAUGAUAUUAUUUAAAAAGGUAAGCCAUGCACCCCGUCAGUGCAGGACUUCAAUGCUUUUAGACCAACAAUGGACAGGAAGGGACAAAAGAUAGAGGUGUCUCUAUUUACAUAAAAAAACAAAUGCACCUCAAGACUGUUCCGUCAGUUUGACUUGCUUAAGCUCAUCCACAUCCAAAUAACUUUAGAUAAAUUGCUAUGUCAUAUUUCCCCUCUAUAACCAAUGAAAUCCAUAAUACAUACUUAAAUGUACUGGAGAGUUGUCCUUUCAACCUAUCAUAUCCAUGGGUGACUUUAACUGCCCCAAUAUAAACUGAGAAUCAUACACAGCCCUGAUAUACAAGCCCAAAGAUUCUUGGACUUUGUAAAUGCAAACACUUUAUCCUUAGGAACCAACAACUAUCAAAUAUUAUUGGGAAG